GAAUCGGCUCUGACGCUCUGCGUCCAUGGGAUCAACUCCAUCGCCGAGAUCUGUAGGAUCCGAAACUACAAGCUCUUUUCAAGCUCGGAAGAAAUAUUAUCAAACAAUUUACAUUGCCUGCUGAUAGGUAUGAUCAAUGUAAUUGAGGGAUAUGAAAGACGAUAUGCUCGAACCGGACUGCAUCUUGAUUUGCACAUGGAUAAUCUGCUCUUACAGAGUCGCUACGCACCUUUGGUUCAAAACUCGAUCGAAUACGUCGUUAACCUUUGUGGUGGAUCGACGAGAGUGCGCCUAGCCAAGAGUGUGGUUGAUGUCAUCACCUCUCGUGUGCUAGCUGUGCCUUCGUCAAUUACAUCGAACCUACUCUUUCACGGAGCGAUGACUAAGAGCCAGGAAUUCGGU